AUGGGUCAGAAGUUUUGUACAGUAGCAGUUUUGAGUGUUUUGAUGCAGAUUCGUGGAAAUGUGGAUUGCUGUUCAUCUGAACUAAAGUGUAGAUGUUACAAUUUCUCUAAUGAUAUUCACGCCGAUUGCUCGGAUCUAGGACUUAAACUGUCACCGUAUUUCUGGACAAAUGUCACACGAAUCAAUCUCAGCCAUAACAGGUUGAUACAGCUCCCAAACAGAAAAAAAUUACCAGAUAACGUAACUUAUCUGGAUCUUUCCCACAACUCUAUUAGAACAUUUAGAAACUUUUCAUUCAAGGGACUGUGGCAGCUUUCAGUUCUGAAACUAAAUUCAAACAGGUUUCGAAUGACUGAAAACCUAAGUUUGAAUGUUUUUGCAGAUUUAAUCAACAUUAAAAAAAUUGAUUUAUCCGAAAAUACUGAGCUCACUUUUCGAAUUUUACCAAUUUUGACAUACGGUCUUCAAAAUUCCACUAUUUUUUCCCUUUACUUAAACAAAAUCCAUUGCACGUUUGGAUUAGGUACAGAAAUAAGGAAAGAUGAUGUUAGAUAUUUAAAACACACCAACCUUACGGAAAUUCAUUUAUCAAGUAACAGAAUAGAAUUAAUGGAAAAAGGAGCAAUUCAUUUAUUUCCAAAAACAAUAAAAAGAAUAUCAAUCGCUGAUAACAGACUGACAUUUGGAACAUACGUCUUCGAGCUUGAAACAUUAAAGAAUUUGGAAUGGAUAAACGCAAGUAUACAAUAUUUAUCCCAUAAUCCAAAUGAAAUUAUUCACAACAAAACGUGUGUUGAAAAUGAAAAUAAAAACGAAUAUCUAAUAAAUACGCAAUAUUAUUCAACUGGUCGCAUACAUAAGGCCGGUGAGUGGAGGAAGUUAUUUAUGGCAUAUGAAAAUAGAAAUGGUGGAAAUUUUACAAGAUCUUAUCUACAGAAAAGUUUACAAAACAGCACGAAUGGAAGCUUUCCAUUGCCACCAAAUAUAAAAAAGGUUUUUUACAACGAAAGUGGGCUACGGUAUGAGAUACCAACCAUGAGUUUGUCCGAAAACAACGUGGAGGAGUUAUAUGUACAGAACAAUAUUCUAUAUUCAUGGAAGGGUCCUGUAGAAGGAAUGAAAAGACUUCGAAUACUGAACUUGUCAAACAAUUUCUGCUCUGCAGUCUCCAAGUCUUUUUUUCAAUACCUUGGGAAUCUCUCAGAAUUAUACCUGAACAAUAACUUAUUGGGUUUUAGCUUGUCACCAGAUACAGAAGGACAAAUAUUUGCAAGUCUUACAAACUUGACUCGCUUAGAGCUGAGAGCAAAUAGAAUUUCAAAUCUGCCAUAUCAAGUUUUCAAAGAACUUCGAAGCAUUAUGGAGUUAGACCUGGCCGACAAUACGCUUACCACUCUAGACUUUAGCAUUUCUACUUUAAAGAACUUACAGUUUCUUGAUUUAUCUGAAAACCAAAUCCAGUUUCUUACCGACACAAAUAUGAAAGAGAUUGACCGACAGACAGAUAAAGUUAGUUUAACUUUAAAUCUUUUAAGAAACCCGAUUUUGUGUAAUUGUAAAACAUUGCAAUUUCUAAAGUGGAUGGUAAAAGGACACGAAACUAAGAAGGUCAAUUUUAAGUCAUUUGAAAACUACUCUUGCACGACAUCAUCCCGAAGCGAGCCAUUUAUGUUUUCAAAAAUUAAAGAAAAUAUCGAAAAGCUAGAAAAAGAAUGCAAUUCCUAUAUGUAUUUGAUUAUCUCCGUGUCAUUCAUCAUUCUCCUUUUCUUUUUUAUUCUCUUGUUAGGGUUAGUGUAUAGGUAUAGGUGGAAAAUUCGUUAUUUUUACUAUAUGACCAAAAGCCGAUAUCAUGGAUAUAAAUCUGUAAGAAGUGAUAGCCAAUCAGAUUUCAAAUAUGAUGCUUUUGUUUCGUAUGCAGAUGAAGAUUUGCCGUUUAUUCAGAAAAUGAUUAUAGAAUUAGAAAAAAAUAAUGGGAUGCGUUUAUGUAUUCACCAUCGAGAUUUUGUUCCAGGAUAUGAUAUUUCCGAAAAUAUUAUUACUGCUGUAAACAAAAGUAGAAAAACUGUCAUUAUUUUGUCUCCAAACUUCAUCAAAUCCAGUUGGUGUAUGUAUGAGCUCCAUAUUGCAAAGAUGGAAGAAAUCUAUUCUCGGGAUAAUGAAGACGUCCUCUUUUUGAUAUUUUAUGAAGCAGUUCCUGUGGAUAAAAUACCUCUAAGUGUUAUGGAUCUUAUAAAUCAAAGGUCUUACGUUGAAUUUCCUAACGAUGAAUAUGGGGAUCCGGUAUUCUGGAGGAGAAUUUGUAAAACUCUUAGUGAUGAAGUUUUAUGCUAA